CGCGCGUCUUGCUCUCUCACGAGGACCGUGGCCUCCAAAGGCUAUCUCAGCAUCAUUUUACCCUUUUGCUAUGGACGCUAUCCGAGUUGCGAGGGUGGAGGACGUUCUGUGCUGUAAGGCGGGCACCACCGCCCUAGGGACGGUACACCUCACUGCGCAUCAUCUCAUAUUCCACUACGAUGAUCCCACACGGGAGGAGAUGUGGAUCCCGUACCCUCUGAUCUCGCUGGUGACACGGCUGCCACUAACUCUUCAAGGCCUAUGUCCCCUCACGAUUCGCACAAGAACAUUUGAAUCGAUAAUAGUGCUGUUUUCGACGGAGAAGGAAGCGAUUGAUGUCUUCGAGAGCGUGAAAGAGCUCACCGUCACGGCUUCCGUAACUCAACUCUAUGCCUUUUACUUCGUGCCCAAUCCUCCGUAUCAGGCGCAGAAUGGGUGGUCCCUCUAUUCGCCAAGAGAAGAGUUCGGAAGAAUGGGCAUAGGUUCCCGAACGAAGGCCUGGAGAUUCACCGAUAUCAACAAGGACUAUUCUUUCUCCCCGACGUACCCUUCACGUGUGGUUGUACCAACCCGUAUAAGCGACACGACGCUGCAGUACGCAGCGAGAUACCGAAGCAAAUGUCGUAUCCCAGUAUUGACAUAUUUGCAUUGGGCAAAUUAUGGCAGUAUCACUCGAUCGAGCCAACCCAUGGUCGGCUUAUCGCAAAGUCGUUCGAUCCAGGAUGAGAAGCUCAUCGAGGCCAUCUUCCAAUCGCAUUGGUCACCGGAAUCGCGUGCAAUCAGCGGUCCUGUAUAUGGCGCUACGACUACGAACUUGAUCAUUGAUGCACGGCCCACCACUAAUGCGAUGGCCAAUACUGCGAAGGGUGCUGGCUCGGAGAAUAUGGACCAUGAUAAGGAUGCGAAGAAGGUCUAUCUUGGGAUCGACCAUAUCCAUGUUAUGCGUGAAUCCCUUGCGAAGGUCGUGGAGGCAUUGCGAGACACAGAAGCCAUUCCAAACGUUAGCUGCGGCGGCGUGGAAAUGGGCAGCAUGCCUGCACCUGUCCUUGACAGACAUGCACUACGGCGAUCUGGCUGGCUCAAACAUAUCUCUGCGAUUAUUGAAGGGACCCUGCUCAUCGUGCGGAAUGUGCAUGUCAACUCUUCCCAUGUCCUCAUUCAUUGCCCUGAUGGCUGGGACAGAACCGCUCAGCUAUCUUCGUUGUCUCAGUUGUGCUUAGAUCCUUUCUACCGGACAACCCGUGGAUUUCAAAUCAUGGUGGAGAAAGAUUGGAUCUCCUUCGGACACAGGUUUUUGGGCCGAUGCGGGCACCUCUCUUCAGACAAAUUUUUCAUUGCUCCAGUCGAAAACACCGGAACAGGGGGCGGGGCCGAGGCAGCGCAAGCAUUCCUAGCUUCUGUGCAGAACAGAUUCGCCUCGCAGAGCCAUUCGGAGGAGACCAGUCCGAUCUUCCAUCAAUGGCUUGAAUGCGUGCGGCAGAUACAACGUCAGUUCCCGGAGCGAUUCGAGUUCAACGAGCAAUUCCUUCGGCAAUUACACUACCAUCUCUACUCUUGCCAGUUUGGUACAUUCCUUUUCAAUACUGAACGUGAGCGGCGAGUUGGCGAAGAUGGCCCGCCCGCGUGCGAAAGUACGGUCAGCGUUUGGGAUUUUUUCAACUCGCCGCCGGAAGCGGCCUUGAAUGUCAAUCCGGACUACGACCCGUCGCUCGAUGACCCAGCAAACCGAUCGUCGAAAGCUGACAUGGGCGUACUCAUGCCCAAUCCGAAAGAUGUGCAUUUCUGGCACGAGCUUUACGGCAGAACAGACGAGGAGAUGAAUGGCAAGUUUGUCAUCCGCCAGUUCGCGCAGGAGCCAGAGUUCGCAGGGCCGAUGGAAGGUGCUUUGGAUGACAUUGUUACAGCCAAUGGUCCGGUACCGUCUUCUGUUCCCCUCCCUCCAUCUCCUGCUAUAUCUCCAUCCCCUAGCCUACCGGCGUCGCAGCCACUCCCUCGGAAGACUCUUGAAGGCGGCCAUUCCCCGUCGCCUCAAACGACCCCGCUCGGUGGAACGUUUUUGACGCCACAUAGUCCGAGAUCGAGACACGAGAGCAUACGCGGAUUGGAUACGGUUCCUCGCAGAACUCAAAGUCCCAUCAUCCCCCCACGUAUACCAUCUCCUGCAGUACGUUCGGUAUCAUUGUCUGCCGGAACUCAAGUAGCAGACCUCUUCUCGAGCACUGCGGUUCGUUCCAUGUGGGGUCGCUUCUCCUCGAACGCAUCCGCUGCAAUUUCGGUUGUACAGGAAGCCUAUGGAGGUAUGGCGAAGGACUUUAGCGAUAUGUCGCUUGGUGGCGAUGAAGCGGGACAAGCACAAGGAGGAGAGUUAAAGACGCGUGAUGAGAUUGGAGUGUGGGGCGAAGACGGUCAUGAGCAGAACAGGAGACCACCGUCACCGCGCGGUUCGGGAAUGGCACAAACGAUAGGCUCGAGCUCGAUCAAUCCAUGGUCGGCGCGUUCCAACGUGCCCUCAUUGUUAUUCGAGAAUCCGUGGAGCUCGGUGCGCUCGCCAUCCUCCGAACCCGCACGGCUGCCGGAGUCUCCUCACCUGCAGUCCUUCCCGCCACAGCUGGCGGACAGCCUUCCUCUUGACCCGACUGUAGCACUUCCCAAACCUCCAAUGUCUGUGACUGGAGCACGGGCAGCUUCGACGAUACCAGAUGAGAAAUUAUCAUCGACCUCUAUACCAUCCUCACCGCUCUUGCCCAUGGACACGUCUACUGAGACGCCUCACGCAACCCCGGCCCCAUCCACCUCAGACCCUCUCGGCGUAGGACUAUUGUAGCUUGUUGGUUCUCCAUUUGUGCUGUAUCAUAUCAUAUGACAUUAGACACUCGCGCGAUGUGCUCAUGUAUAUUUCAGCGCAUGUGAACAUGAAAUCUGGU